AUGAAGAACUCAAGUGCAAAAUCGCUAAUUGACCGACGCAUGGCGAAAGCACAAGAAACGGCCCUAGCCCGAUUCUACGGUCUCCCAAAAGUGCACAAAGAGGGCGUUCCUCUCCGGCCUAUCGUAUCACUAAAGGGCACUCCAACUUACGGACUGGCCAAGUGGCUGUUCCAACGUCUCAAGUUUCGGACCUCCGAUUCGAACACCACAGACAGCCCGUCAACGCAAUUCUUGGAGAAACUUAAGGGAGUAAGUCUCCUGCCAAGCGAUGUCAUGAUUUCCUUUGAUGUCACGCCCCUUUUUACUUCUAUCCCGCAGGACCUGGCAGUCGAGACCAUCGAACUACUCUUACGAGAGAAGUACGACGAAACGGAGAAUCGCCUCGGACACGCCCAAAUCAUCCAGCUCCUGAAGUUCUGUCUCAAGACGUACUUUACCUUCGACGGAACAGUCCACGAGCAGGUGAAGGGAACGCCAAUGGGUUCGCCGAUUUCGGGACUCAUAGCCGAGGCGCUCCUACAACGGCUGAAGUCGCUGGUUUUCCGACACCACAGACCGAAAUUCUGGGCUCGGUAA